CGUGAAAUGACACCCAAUCAUCAUAGAGAUUCAGGUUGCUCAGAGCAACGAAAAUGGCAGAAGCGGAAGAUGAAGCUCCGUCCAUAUUAUUGCCCUGUACAAUUUGUAACAGAACAUUUAAACCAAAAUCACUUGAGAAACACAGUAAAAUUUGUGAAAAAAAUGCAGCCAAGAAGAGGAAAACUUUUGAUUCCUCAAAACAAAGAAUCCAAGGCUUGGCAGAGUUCCUCCCAGUUAUUCCAAAGAAGACCGAGAUGUCUCCAAUCAGGAAGUCACAAUCAGCAUGGAAGGAGAAACACCUGGAGUUUGUUAGAGCAGUUCGACAAGCCAGGGGCGUAAGUGAAGGUCAUGGAAAGAGAAGUUUACCAUCCGCAGUGGCUCAGUCAAGGCCUGCAGUUCAUGAGAAAUGCCCUCAUUGUGAGAGAAAUUUUGGACCAAAGGCUUUUGAUCGACAUAUCGAAUGGUGCAAGGAACAAAAGGCACGGAUCCCAAAAUCACCAGCAAGCAUCCAAGCAAAGGAAAGGUUGGAAGCAAGAACUAAGUAUCGGGCCCCACUGGCAAUGUCAAAACGUACAUUGACCAGAGAGAAAUAUUCUCCUCUUCAUGGUGGUGGGAUUCGAGAGCCAAGUCCUAUAAGCAGUGGCAGCUCCAUGAACUGCAGUACUAUAUCAUUAAGCAGUAGUGGUGCAGGUCAGACCAUAACAGCAUCAGCAAUGCCCAGCAUCAAGACAAGUACUGCCCGAAGCCCAGGAAGUGCUCCUUCAUCACGGCGUAACAUUGCAAAGGAGUGUUCAAGCUCCUCACCUUGUGGUCUACAGAACAAUAAUAAUGCACCAUCCCCCAAAGUUCAGCGCAGUAAUGGCUCACCAUCCCGAAGUGUACGGCACAGUAAUGGCUCUCAGCGCAAUAGUAUGACCCGACGUAACAUUCAACAGCGGUCUUCAUCUCCAACAAAAAGAAUUUCUCUUAAGAAAGUUGGUGCUGUUGGGAAGGAUGAGUCCGUUACAGAAGCACAGCUGUCGCAGAAACAGAAUUCAGCAGACGAGAAUGUGCAGGAUAUUUUCUCAUCUUCCUGCAAUAUCACUUGUAUUAACCCAGUUGCAAAUAAACUUACUGGAUCUGUUCUUGCCACUGUGCCAGUCGUUGCUGUUAGUAAAAACAAAAGCAAGAAGAUAGAAGUUAAGUCAGACAGGAGUAAACUUUCAACAUUCUUCAAGGAUAGCUUUACUCCCAGCAUACCUAGUAUGGCCCUCAUACUCAGUAGUGCAGUUAUUACUUCUGAAGAAACUUACGACCCUUAUGUUUCGGCUGAGCGCCAAAUGAUGGAACUCUUAUCUCAUGGAAAUUGUCCAGAGAAAGAAAAGAAACAGCGAAAGCAACAGCAGCAGCAGCAACAACAACAAAAACAACAACAACAACAACAAGCAGCACAAGUGAAAACAGAACAGGCUGUUCAGCUUGCCCCAGUUUCUUCCAUUUCCCCAGCACCUCAUGAAUUGCGUACAUCGCCAACUUCUGCAUUUACAAAAUACUCCUCUGUCAAACCAAAAACAGAUAUUCCAUUGACAAUGAAUAGGUCAGCACCUGAUUAUCAUUCAUUUGAUUCUGAUGCGUUGAUUGUCUCAGGACAUAAUACUGGUUCACCACCAUCACUGCAUAAUGUCUCUGUUUGUACAUCCACUUCACAAUACGAUGAGAACAGUGAUAAUAUAAAUAAUAAUAGAGAUUUCACCAUCAGUCUCAGCAAUCUCAGUCUUUGUUCUGUGCCAGACUUUGAUUUUAACUUGGAGUUUGACAUAAACAUGAUUAACCAGAACAGUAACAGGAGUAAGAAGUACAGAAAGAAGCUUGAAAAUGCUGCUCUAGCUUUGCAGCGCUCAGUAUCUCUCUACCAUCCAGGACCUACAACAAAAGACGAGAUUCAAUUAGAAAUAGAUGAUGUAGAUAAUUCUCUUUUACAUAUAUCUGAGAUUGAAGGUGAUGCUAGUCCAUUACGUCCUGUAUCUUCUUUUUCCCUUUCCAGUCUUCAUCCCAAACCUGUAACCACAUCCUCCUUGCCAAGUUCCCAGGCUGCUGUUAAUUCUGAAGAAUUGAGUGACAAAUUGGAGGCAAGUAAACUUCAUGGGCCCAGCAAGAAGAGUGCAAUGAUUCUUCAUGCAGAAGAUGAGUUCGCUUCAGAAGACAAUCACAUUAAUUAUCGAUCUACUGGGAGUAAGAUUAGCGGAGAUUCAGCAUAUAGCAGUUUGAAUCGAAAGUCCCCACUGGCAGAUGUUAACUCACAGGGGCUGGAAAGACACUCAGAAGUGACACUGGAUGCUGAUCACCAGUGCCUGAGCUCAAGUGGAUCAGAGUCAUCCCUUCCACCACUGUUUUCUCUUCAGGUGGAAAGAAAUCGUAGCAGAAGUCCUCUCCUCACUUCGUCUUCACCACCAGUGAUUCAGUCCAAUUUAGGUCAGCAGCCAGCACCAAGAAUGUCAAAGUUCUGUCAUGAAUGUGGCUCAAAAUAUCCUGUCACUGUGGCAAAAUUCUGUUGUGAGUGUGGAGUGAAGAGGCUGCUCUUCUGAAUGUGUAUGAAUUACGUCAGGUGCUUUAAAAGCACAGUCUGCCCCAAGACAAGCCUUUAACCUCACAUAUGAGAAAUAUAUUAUUCACAGGUCCUUUGGAAGUGCCAUUGUUUUUUAUCUCGGAAGGAAAUAAGACAUCAGUAAUUUUUGUUAAUUUUGAUGUUUAAGUAUUUUUGUAAUUUAUGUAAGAAUGUGAUAGUUUUUCAUCUUAUAUGUAAUGAAAUACCAUUAUUUUUUAGGAAAUGAACUUAACAAUGAUUGAAUGUUUGUGUCUUACAUAUUACAUUGCCACAGGAGCUGGGCACCUGCUGACAGCCUUUGCCGAUUAACUGGACAGUUGCUUCAUGUAAGUCUGCUCUCUGAUGCACUGAACCCACUAACUUCUGGUCUCUUCUGUUCUGCACAGAGCAGACCUGGUUCUUGGAUAGGGAAGGGCUUUGCGGCUACAGUUAGAGGUACAUCACCCUUCAGGAAGUUUCUGUAAAGUUCUUGGGCAACCUCAGACUUUGGCAUCAGCUGAGCAGUUUCUCAGACAGUCAAGAUGUGACAAGGGGCAUGUGCAGGCCAGGCAAUGUAGUCCCUCUGUGCUCAUCUCCAUCGACAAUAUUGAUGUAAUAGCAAUGGAAAGUACCUUGGUGUACAAUACUGUCAUGAGUUUAAGUAACUAGACAUAGGCCCUGGAUUGAUAAUUGGCUUUCUUGGGCUCUUAUAAGCUGUAACUGCAAGUAAUUCCCUAAUUGACACUCUUUAUAAUUCACUGUAAGGCAUUAAAUCUUCUCAGUUCAUCAGUAGUUGUUGCUUAGUAAUGGCUUCUAACAGUGUAGAUUCCUCACCUUCCAUGUUUAACAGCUGCUAUCCUCACUGGCUGGUGACUGUCUCACACCUGAGCUGUUCUUCAAAUACCCUCACAUUCUUGGCUUCUGGGCCACAGCUCACUGACGGUCAGUCGGCAAGUCAGUCUUGCUGUCAAGCUCCAUCUGGAGCCCGAGGCAAGAAUUAUGUUACUGUCAGCCAGUUUUGGUUUUUUCAAUGUUGGGAGCCCUCCACGAUGAGAGGAAUUGGUCGCGGUCAAUACCAGUAGUACAUGUCAUCUAUAUUUAUUGUUUUACGUG